AUGGCAUACUCACCAAAUCCAUACUAUCGUGGCAACAUCAUCACCGGCACCGCCGUCGGCGGCCGGGCCCCCUUUGACGGGAACCUGCGCAUGGUGAUAGCGCAGGUCUUCCAACCGUCCGACUGGACCGUUCUGGAAGUCGCCGUCCUGCGGCCCUCCGGCACGCCGUUCAAGGCCGUGCUCAAGCUCUUUGACCGCCGUUUCUCGCCGUGCAUCCAACGGGCGCGGCACCGCCGGGGGCUCGGUGCGUGGACGCCAGAGUUUGAGGAGGAGUUUGUCGACUUUGUCCGCCGAGGCGCCGCUAAUGAGUACCUCUGGGGAUCCGAUAGCGACGAGGACGAGGACGAUGCCAAGCGAGACGAGGCAGAUCGGCAGGCGGGAGACGAGGGGGAGGAGAAGCCCGUCAACUUGCUCGAGGAGGAGGUGAUCCGCCAGUCUCAGUGUGAUGGGAUUGCCAAUGCGCGGCUGAAUCGGUUGCAGUCCCGGAUGGGCGUGGAGAAGGGCAUAAGACUACCCCGGGCGCAUUGCACGGUGCAGAUACCGAUAGGAGGAGACGUGGACAAUCGUCUGCUCGAGGUUUCCGGGAUCUUGAUGGAGUAUGUGCCUGGGUUUAGCUGCGACGAUACGGAAUGA